AUGAAUGAACCAGUCGACUACGGAGAGGAGGAAGCGAAUGUUCGAUGCAUCGACCUCACAUCCUUGAAGCCAGGAGACAUCUUUUAUGAUCAUUUCUGGCAUGAGCGAUUCUUUGUCAUACCCGAGCAAACCGAAGAGCCUCAAGCAUUUCAGAACGACCGACUCCAUUGCUCUGUUCCGAGCAAAGUUGCAACUGAAGCUGACAAAACUACGUCGAUGAGUUCUGCAACGAGCCCGUCUUCUCCGAGCAUCCAUAGCAAGAAUCCGAUGGCAAAUGACCGGCCCAAACACUGGAGCGAAGAGGAGCAUAGACUUUUCCUGAAAGGACUAGAACUCUUCUGUCAGUUCAAGUCCGUGCCAUACAACGAAGACGGGACCUUGUUCGUCGGACUAGGAACUGGUGUGGCAGAGAAGAUUGCAAAGCUAGUGAGGACACGAUCGCCGUUGCAAGUCAGAUCACAUGCUCAGAAAUACUUCCAAAAGUUGAUCCGCAAUAUGAAACGAGACGCCAAAAAACUGGGGAAAUAA